AUGGGGAAAUUGAUCAGAAUGGGAACACGGGAGAGGCGGUUACUCCGGCCAAAGCGUCUACAUUGGAGUCGCCUCCUCUUCCUGUUGGGAAUGUUGAUCAUCGGUUCCACCUACCAGCACCUGAGGAGUCCCUGGGGCCUCCCCUCAUUGUGGGCAGCAGUCUCCUCCCAACAUCCUGUAAAACUGGCCAGCCGUGACCUCCCUAACAAUGAGAUGAUGAUGGUGAGCAGUGACCCUCCAAGAGCUAGCUCUGAAAUGGAGGGUGACACACUGGUGCCCCAAGCUACAGUGGGCAGGGGUGAAUCAACAGUGGAGAAUACCCCCAAUCCACCCAGAAGAACAGCCAACAUCACUCCAACAAUACCCAAGAAUAACUACAGUCCAACAGAGGCAGAGACAGAAAGAAGGAAGGAAGAUACCACAACCACACCCCGUAGAGUUCUGAAUCAUUACACCCCAACUUCAAGCAGGCCAACAGUAAAGAAUUAUACCCCAACAACACCACCCAAGGGAGAAAUACAGAGCUACCACCCAACUCAGGCCGGGGGAAAGGUGAAGAAAUACACCCCAUCUCCACUUAGUAGAAUAGUAGGCAAUUAUGUCCCACCCACACUCAUGACAGUGACAAAGAGUCAUGGGAUCACCCCCAAAACAACAGUGAAAGACAGUGAAACUAUGACAACCACUAAAAUAUUAGAGACCAAUCCCUCUAAGAGAAUGGUAGAGGAAAACACCCCAACUACCCUCAAGGGAAUAAUUAAUAACACCCCAACUUUCCUGAUAAAUGACAUAGAAACAAACAUCUUGACUUCUCCAAGGAGUAUGAUGGAAAAGAACACCCUGACCACCACCAGAAGAGUGGACGAUAACAGAUCAACCAAGCCCCGGAUAUUAGUGGGAAAGAACAAGCUGACAACUUCCCUGGGAACGGUCCUGGAGCACACCACAGUCAUCUCUGAGGGACAUGUGACAAUAGAAACCACAACAGGCAGUAGUAGCCCAACAGAAACCAAAGCUUCCACUGCUACCUGGAGUGUUAGUAAUCCCUUGUUUAGAACCAGCACAUCCACCAUUGGAAUUUCCUCUGCCACCCUCUGGGGGCUGGCCAAGAAAGCUUCCAUGGCACCCAGGACCUCAUCAACCUCCGAGGUCAGGGCAAAUCCAACCAUCCAGGUCCAUCAUUGUGUGGUUGUGGAACCAGCCCCGGCUGUGCCCACCGCCCUCUCCCCCAGCCUGACAACAGCCGUGAUCCCAGAGGCACCCAGUUCCAGUCCCUCAGCACUUCCUCCUGGCUGGCCAGAUCUUCACUCCAAGGCAGAGUACCCCCCAGACUUGUUCAGCAUAGAGGAGAGGCGACAGGGCUGGGUGGUCCUGCACAUCUUUGGCAUGAUGUAUGUGUUUGUGGCCUUGGCCAUCGUGUGCGACGAGUUUUUUGUCCCGGCCCUGGGUGUCAUCACAGAUAAGCUACAGAUCUCUGAUGAUGUGGCAGGGGCCACCUUCAUGGCUGCUGGAGGCUCUGCCCCCGAGCUCUUCACCUCCCUCAUUGGCGUCUUCAUCUCCCACAGCAACGUGGGCAUUGGUACCAUCGUGGGCUCCGCUGUGUUCAACAUCCUCUUUGUCAUCGGCACCUGUGCCCUCUUCUCCCGGGAGAUCCUCAAUCUCACGUGGUGGCCCUUAUUCCGUGACGUCUCUUUCUACAUCCUUGACCUGAUGAUGCUCAUUCUCUUCUUCCUGGACAGCCUCAUUGCCUGGUGGGAAAGCCUGCUGUUGCUGCUGGCCUAUGCUUUCUAUGUGUUCACCAUGAAGUGGAAUAAGCAACUCGAGAUCUGGGUGAAGGAGCAGCUCAGCAAGAGGCCAGUGGCCAAGGUCAUGGCUCUAGGGGACCUCAGCAAGCCAGGCAAUGGGGCAGUUGCGGUGGAUGAGCUACAGGAGAACAAGAAGCUAAAGGUGGUGCUCCCAGCAGUGCUGACCCGAGGGAGCAGCUCUGCCUCUCUGCACAACAGCACCAUCCGCAGCACCAUCUACCAGCUCAUGCUCCACAGCCUGGACCCUCUGGGAGAAGCCCGCCCCUCCAGAGACAAGGAGGAGAGCUUGAGUCAGGAGGCCAAAGCCAAGCCUCACGCUAACACAGAGAACAAACAAGAAGAGGAGGAGUCAGCCGAGCUUCCUGAGGUCACAGUCACGCCAGCGCCUGCUCCAGAUGCCAAGGGAGAUCAAGAAGAGGAUGCUGGUGGUCAGGAAGGAGAGGUGGCUGGAGCUGAGAGCACAGGUGAAGUGAUAGGUGAAGAGGUGGAAGCUCCUGGUGGAGGUGAAAAUGGACAAGGUGGAGGUGAAACUCAACUGGAAGGUGAAGGUGAAAUCAAAGCAGGAGAAGGAGAAGGUGAGCAUGAAGAUGAAAUCAAAGCAGGAGAAGGAGAAGGUGAGCAUGAAGAUGAAAUCAAAGCAGGAGAAGGAGAAGGUGAACUCCAAGCAGAAGACGGUGAAAUGAAAGUUGAUGAGGAUGAAAAUGAAGAGCAGGAAUUCAAUGCUGAAAGUCAAGGUGAAGCCCAAGGUGAUGAGAAAGGUAAAGAUGGUGAAGGGGGAGGUAAAGAAGAUGGCAGUGAAGAUGAAGAGGAGGAAGAGGAGGAGGACGAUGAGGAGGGUGAGGAGGAGGAGGACGAGGAAGAGGACGAGGAAGAAGAGGAGGCCAAUGAGGAGCCUUUGUCCCUGGAGUGGCCCGAGACCAGGCAGAAGCAGGCCAUCUACCUGUUCCUCCUGCCCAUUGUGUUCCCGCUGUGGCUCACAGUGCCUGACGUCCGGAGGCUGGAGUCUAGGAAGUUUUUUGUUGUCACCUUCCUGGGAUCCAUCGUGUGGAUAGCCAUGUUCUCAUACCUGAUGGUAUGGUGGGCUCACCAGGUUGGUGAAACAGUAGGGAUUUCUGAAGAGAUUAUGGGUUUGACGAUCCUAGCAGCAGGCACAUCCAUUCCUGACCUCAUCACCAGUGUGAUUGUUGCGCGGAAAGGCCUGGGAGACAUGGCUGUGUCAAGCUCUGUGGGCAGUAACAUAUUUGAUAUCACUGUGGGCCUGCCUGUUCCUUGGUUGCUUUUCUCUCUCCUCAAUGGAUUACAGCCAGUUCCAGUCAGCAGCAAUGGCUUGUUUUGUGCAAUUGUUUUGCUUUUUCUCAUGCUCUUGUUUGUGAUCUCUUCAAUUGCAUCGUGCAAAUGGAGAAUGAACAAGAUUUUGGGCUUCACGAUGUUCCUCCUUUACUUUGUAUUCUUGAUAAUCAGCGUGAUGUUAGAAGAUCGAAUCAUUUCCUGUCCUGUGUCUGUCUGAGUCAGAGUCACUGUUGCUCACAACGGACAUGGAUCAGGAAACCAUGCCAGAAGCUACUGUACUUCUUGUUACAUUAAUUAAAGAAUGAACAUGGUCCAGGAGAGUGACCAGAGUGGCCAAGAGCCUCUGAUAGGCAUGUGAUCUGGGACUGAACAUUAUCCUUGAAACCCCUGCAGCUCGUUAUGGCUUAAGAAUCUCACCUCCGGAGGGAUGGCGUUCCUACCCCUGAGUGACGUCAGCAGCCAUCAUGUGGAGGCCAGGAGAAGGACCUAUGGAGUCAGAGGGUUUUCUGAAUGAGCGCUAACUUGGGGGUGAGGGCUGGGAUGCUUACAAUAGCAGUAAGACAAGUUCCCAUGCUCGCAGUUCCCUGAUCAUUCCUGAAGGGCUGCCGAUCCAAAGAUGCAGAUGUGGUCUAUACCCCCUUCCCUGGCCCAAGAACAUGCUGCAAUUUGCUGUCCCCUCUUUUUCUGUUUAAAACAGGAGGUUUUAUCAGGUUUGUAAACAUUACAGGUCCAGUUAUCUGUGGGUUUAAGGAGCUAAGACUAGAAAAAAAAAGUAUAACAGGAAUCAAUUAUCAUUACACACUGUAGUCCAGACAAAUGUGUACCAAUAUUUUAUAGUUUAAAAGGACUACCUUAGCUCUUAUAGCUGCAUUUCUGAAAACUGAAAUUAAAAAAGUAGCCCCAGAAAUUAAAACUUAUAAUCGCCCUUGAAUUGGAAGUGAAGGAGAUAUUAGGGAAGGAAAUAAGGUCUAUUUAAACAUAUGUACUUACUAGAAAAUCCAAGUUAGUGUUGUCUCCAUCAAGCUGUCACCGUAAGGGAUUAAACAGUCAUACAAAGCUGCCCUGGCUUCUCCAGCAUCUUCUCACCUAACAGUGACAGCUGCUACUAGUAAGAAAAGGAGUAAUUUUAAAAAGAAUCCAAAAUCAGUAGCACUAAAUCUGGUUUAUAAAGUAAGAGAUCCAGUGGGGUAAUGAUAUUUUUGUGUGUCAACCUAGAAAGGAUUAUAAAGCAAGAAGACUGAUUUCCUGUGUGGCUUAGAAGUGGAUCUCCAGGAAGUUACAAAGGAGAAAUUCCAAAUUCUUUUUUUUUUUAAAUAUAUUUUAUUUAUUCAUGAGAAACACACAGAGAGAGGCAGAAGGAGGGGCAGGCUCCAUGCAGGGAGCCCGAUGUGGGACUCGAUCCCGGGACCUUGGGAUCACACCCUGAGCCAAAGGCAGAUGCUCAACCACUGAGCCACUCAGGCAUCCUGAAAUUCCAAAAAUUCUUAACAUGAUGACAACAUGGUGAGAAAGAGUAUCACUGCUUCCAAUAGCUAGUGUAAAAGACUACUGUGUUUUAAAAAAUUGUGUGGUUAUUUAAAUAUUAUAUAUGCAAUUUGAAGUGCUUGUAUAUUAAAUACCACAGCUUGCUGCUCAUACUAGCAUUGAGUUUAGGGACAUAUUAGAAAUGAAAUAGUGCUAUGUCUGGUUUCAGAGCAAAAGGAGCUCAGGUGACUAUAGAUUAUGAUGGUGAAUAUGGCUUUAAUUACAAACACGAGAAGACUCAUUGAAGACUAGAUAGCAGGACAGAUGUGAUGUAAAAAAAGUCAAAUCAAACAUUUUGGUGUUGAAGGGCUAUGUUCGAAAUACUUUAGUCCAUAAUCCAUCUCUUAUGAUGGGCUGAUUAAUUAAUGAUCUCCCUGCCCCAGGAUUCACAUUCUUUGGAAAUGACUUUUAUUAAAUUUCAAUAAAUUGUGAGUCCCAAUGGUAUUUUA